UCCUAAAUAAUUAUAAGUCAAAUUGUAUUUUAUUAAUUUUAUUUGUUAUUCACAAAUAUAAAAAAUAGAAAUGUAUGUGAAUAAUGAAUUCUUAAAUCACUAUUCUAUGGUACCUUGACCCCUUGUACAUAUUAUUUUGUUACCUUAGGAAUAAACUUUAGUGGUGGUAGAAAAUAAUCAAUAAUUCAUAUCAACCCUUCUUUAGUUUUUAAAUGUACUAUAAAUGAUAUCUAUUGCAUUCUAAACUAGUAAACUUAAUAAUGUGUAGAACUAUUAAAACAGUAUGGAAUUUAAAGUAACUAAAUGCUUAUCAAAAUUUAAAGAAGAAUUACCUCCAAUCAAUAGGCCAACUCGUUCAACUAGUAGUAAAAUAAUUAAGAACCUUACAACUUCAAUUGAACAAACAGAACUAUUUAAUAAAAUUGAUCCAUUGAUAUUAGUUGCUCAGUAUGAAAGAGAUAUCAAUCGAAUAAAAAUGAAUCACAAACAAAUGUUAGAAGAACUUUAUAAAGAAUUAGAAAUACUAAGAUCUAAAAAUCGAGACCUUUUAGAUGAAUUGAUUAUAAUGAAUGGUGGAAACUAUUGUUGUAAGCAUUUAAAAAAUUUGAGUCACGAAAUUUUAAAAUCUAAUUCAAAUGAUAAUCAAAAACAAUUAAGUGAUAUACUUAACAGUGCUAAAAUUCAUCAGAUAUCUAUUGAAGACAGUAAAAAUGAUAAUAAUUACAACUAUAAAAAAGAACUGCCUGAUUUAAUAGCUGUAGGGAAUAAGUUCAUAAGUAAAGAAAGUGAGAAUAAAUCAAAUUUACUUUUGCAAGAUCAAUUAAAUAAAAGCAAUAAAUUGAUUGAUGUACUUCGGCAAGAAAACAUUCAACAAAAAGCAAAGCUAAAUUCAUUACAUUCAUUAUUAGAUAAAAGAUUGAGCAUUUCUGGUGUUGGAUUGGAUAAUGGCUUAAUCAGAACAAACUUGAAUUCUAACAAAAGAUUUUUAUCUACAUUGUCUCAUCCUGCUAUUUCUUACAUGGAUAUUAUUAGUUCAGAGUAA